AUGGCUAUUUCGUGUCGUGUGAGGCCUUUCUGUAUGAUAUCUAGAAGGAUGAUGGUGACGACUCUUGGGGGCGAGGAGAAUAGGAUAGCAUUCACACUUCAUGACAAACCGGGGUCUCUGGUGGAGGCGUUGAGUAUCUUCAGUCGAAGGGGUAUCAGUUUAUCUCAUGUUAGCAAUAGGUUCAAGAUAGCAGCUCCAGAUGUGCCUUGGUUUCCGAGGCAUAUCAGCGAUUUGGACCAAUUUUCGAAAAGCACUCUCGAUGCUGGGGAUCAACUCGAAUCGGACCACCCAGGAUUCACCGAUCCAGAAUAUCGCGCUAGGCGUGAAGAGAUAGCAAAAGUGGCGUCAAAGUACAGAGGGGCGGAUGGUCCUGUACCACAGAUUGAAUACACAGAGAAAGAGGUUGCGACCUGGGGUUACGUUUGGGACGAGCUUACUAAACUCUAUCCUAGGCAUGCCUGCAAGGAACAUAAUGAUGCACUACAGGCUCUCACUGAAGCCGGGAUAUAUGGACCUCGAAAAAUACCUCAGCUGAACGAGUUGUCGGACUUCGUGUCGGCGAGAACAGGAUUCCAGUUUCGGCCGGUCACAGGGUUGCUCAGUGGUCGAGACUUCCUCAACGCUCUGGCAUUUCGGGUAUUCUUCUCGACACAAUAUGUAAGGCACCAUUCAGUGCCAAUGUACACUCCAGAGCCUGAUGUUAUACACGAAUUACUUGGGCAUGCGCCGAUGUUCCUCAAUCCUGACUUCGCCGAUUUCACUCAGUACAUUGGUUUGGCUAGUUUGGGUGCUAGUGAUGACGUUAUCAAGAAGCUUGCGGCAUGCUAUUGGUUCUCGGUAGAGUUUGGGUUACUCAUUGAUCUCAAAGGCGCUGUGAAAGCGUAUGGAGCUGGAGUGCUCUCAUCUUAUGGCGAGCUCCUACAUUCUACUUCGCCGACUAAUCCUAGUAUAUCUAUAAAACCCUGGGACCCUGAGGAAGCUGCUAAUGAAGAGUACCCGAUCACUAAAAUGCAACCGGUGUACUUCGCAGCGAAGAGUAUGGAGGAUGCCAAGAUACAGAUGAAAGCGUACUGUGAUCGAGUGAGUCGGCCUUUUCACUGUGUGUACGAUUCGGAGUCACAAAGCGUGUUCACUGAUGUUGAUGUCUAUACGAGGCCAGUUGCCAUGAAGUAG